GAAGGAUAAAGCAAUACGUCUUCAUGGAGAAAUGGAAUCAGAGCUCAAGUGAUUUCAUUUUGUUAGGGUUGUUUCCACAAAACCAAACAGGCCUUCUGCUUUUGCUGCUCAUCAUCUGCAUAUUCUCUGUGGCCUUGCUUGGCAACUCAACAAUGAUCCACCUCAUUCGUGUGGAUCCCAGGCUCCACACUCCCAUGUACUUUCUCCUCAGUCAGCUCUCUCUCAUGGACCUGAUGGAUGUCUCUGCUACUGUUCCCAAGAUGGCAUUCAACUUCCUCUCUGGCCAGAAAAGCAUUACCUUACUGGGCUGUGCAGUUCAAUCCUUUUUCUUUAUGACCAUGGCAGGUUCUGAGGGCUUGCUCCUGGCCUCCAUGGCCUAUGACCGUUUUGUGGCCAUCUGCCACCCUCUUCAUUAUCCCAUUCGCAUGAGCAAAAUGAUGUGUCUGAAGAUGAUCAUAGGAUCCUGGACACUGGGCUCCAUUACCUCUUUAGCACAUACGGUCUAUGCCUUUCACAUCCCUUACUGCCAUUCUCGGUCCAUUAAUCAUUUCUUCUGUGAUGUCCCUGCCAUGUUGCCCCUGGCCUGUAUGGACACUUGGGUUUAUGAGUACAUGGUAUUUGUGAGCACAAUCCUGUUUCUACCACUUCCUUUCCUUGGCAUCACAGCUUCCUAUGGACGGGUCUUUUUUGCUGUCUUCCGUAUGCGCUCAAAAGAGGGAAAGAAAAAGGCCUUCACUACGUGUUCAACUCACUUAACUGUGGUGACAUUUUACUAUGUACCUUUUGCCUAUACUUAUCUUCGACCUAGGAGUCUCCGUACACCCACAGAAGAUAAGAUUCUGGCUGUCUUCUACACUAUCCUCACCCCCAUGCUCAACCCUAUCAUCUACAGUCUGAGAAAUAAUGAGGUCCUGGGGGCCAUGACAAGAGUCUUUGGGACAUUCUCUUUCACGAAAACUUGAUCUUUUCCUCACUGUUCCUCUUUGACUUCUCCUGGGGAAUGUCAUAAAGCAGUGCCCUCUAUUGGAAAUGUAAUGUGU